UAGGGUUAACUCGGCUAUUCUAAUUUACUUUUCUAACUCGAUAUUUCUAUUUUCUAUCGUGACCGUGAUUAAAAUUUACAUACUAUUAUUUGUACUCCUAGUAAUUAUAUUAUAGUUUAUUUAACUUGUUAAUCUGUUGUGACUAAAAGUUAUCACUGUAAUUACCGUUUUCACGCCUAUAAACCCAUACUAACGUGCUCGACAACAAUUUCAACGAACGAUUAGAAAAAUAAGACGUAUAUUUUUAAAUUUUUAAAAUGAGCGAAGAAGAACAACUGCCGUCCGGCUGGGAAAAACGAGUUAGCAGAUCAACUGGCCAGACAUAUUACUUAAAUCUUUUGACCAAAGAUAGCCAAUGGACUGUACCAACAAAGCCAGCUUCAGAAAAUUCGGCUCCUACAAAUUCAGGCCCAGAACAAGUUCGAUGUAGUCAUUUGCUAGUGAAGCAUGAAAAGUCUCGACGUCCAUCGUCGUGGCGAGAAGAAUUUAUUACACGGUCAAAAUCUGAAGCUGUGGAAACAAUACUAUCUUAUCGAGAACAAAUUGUAUCUGGUAAAGCAACAUUUGAAGAGCAUGCACGAAAAUACUCAGACUGUAGUUCAGCCAAACGUGGUGGUGAUCUAGGACCAUUCACCAGAGGUACAAUGCAAAAGCCUUUUGAAGAUGCGUCAUUUGGCCUAAAAAUCGGCGAACUUAGUGAACCUAUUCAUACAGAUUCAGGUGUUCAUAUAAUUUUGCGUACUGGUUAGGAUAGAGCCAACUAUUUGCUAAUAUCAUUAUUUUUAUUAUUAUAAUUAUUCAAAUUAUCGCAUAUUUAACUUAUUGUUUUCCUUAAAAAACACCAAUGUAAUUAGCAGUUGCAUUUUUCAACACUGAUUGUAAUUUUUUUAAAUGAUUCUUUUUUCAUUCUUUUAUUUAAAUUUGUUUUUUUUUUUUGCUCAACUAUUUGUUUAGUUAAUGUUAUAAAGUUGAUUUUAAUAAACAAAUAUUGUCACUUAAAACUAAAAAUUGGAACAAAGCAAAUUUAUUGUAAAAAAACAUAAUAGCCAGUUGUCAAGACUUAAUACAAAUUGUUUUUUUUUUUUAUAUAUAAUUAUGUUAACUGGAAUGUUGAAGUAGUAACUGUAGUAAAAGCUAAUGAAAACCAGUGUUAAUUUUUCUAAUGAAAUUUAAUGUUUAAAAACAAAUAAUAAACAAACAAUUAAAUUAUAAAA